GGGCAGGGACAGAUCAUGUGGUCUGUCACAAUGAUUUGGAGGUUAUUCCAUUUCAGCGCUCUCCUUGCUGGAGCACUCACAUCCCCGACUCCAACUACAGCCCCCACCACUGACACUGAGGAUGGACCCUGUCGCCUCUACAACUCUGGCCGCUCUGCAGACUGUCUGGGUAGACAGCUCCCCAGUGUGCCGUGGGGACACUUUCCCUCCACACUUGAAGAUAUAGAUCUCUCCUACAAUAAACUUCGAGCUGUCCAUGCUGAUGACUUCCGCCGUCUCCCUCGUCUUCGCAUCCUUCAGCUGCAGUACAAUAACAUUUCAAUCAUUGACAAUGACGCCUUUAAAAACAACCCACUGCUGGAGCAUGUUAACAUCUUCAAUAACUCGCUGCAGGAAAUCCCUGCCAGAGCUCUGACACCUCUCUCGAAUCUAAAACAGCUGUACAUGUCCAAUAACCUUUAUAAACAUGCCACUCUGGCUGAGAGCUUCUCCAAGUUUGUCAAACUCGAGGUUCUGUCUAUGGGUGGCCCCCUGGUGAUGGGUCUGAAGAAAGCAGAUUUUGGGCCCCUGAAGAACAUUGGGUUGCAAGGUUUUGCGAUCAAAUGCUCUUCCAACCUAAGCUACUAUGAGCCUGGAAGUUUAGAAGUCAUUCAGACGAAGCAAAUGGGUUUUGAUAUGGCCAUAGACCAACGGCCUCAUGCUCUCGUUCACAUGCUACGAGACCUCGCCAACAAGACCUUCAGCGUCAUCCAGUUUCGUAACCUCUUUGAGUUCAUGUACUACAUGGAGCAGGAUGACAUUUUCCUGGGUUUAAAAGACAUUAAAGCCUAUCAGCUCAUCUUUCACAGAGGUAAAUUCAACGAGAAUCUCCUGAGGAUGGCUUUGAUCAACUUACAAGUCACCCCUAUCAAAAGAUUGAGACUUCAGUACAUUGACUUUGCCCGUUCACCCACGUUUGUCGAUAGUGGAGCGGGUUCCAGCAUCACAGACCUGGCAUUGGAUAAGUUGGAUCUUUGGUAUAUCAGCAAUCCUGAUGUGCUGCGAUUUGACUGGCGUUUCACAUGGUUCAACAAAAUUAAGGCACUCUCCAUUCAGUAUGUGUAUUUCAACUUUGUGCCGUGCGAUGCCUGGAUUGAGAUGGAAGGUGUGGAGUUGUUGGAUAUCUCCAACAAUCGACUACAGAGUGACUACAUCUUCAACCAGCGGUGUGAUAACAGGGGCACCAUGCCAAAUCUUCACACUUUCAACACAAGCAGCAAUGAUCUGACCAGCUUAAAAGACUUGUCAUUGCUAACAAGGGAGUUCCAGCGGCUGCAGGUCUUGGAUGUUAGCAACAACAAACUUGGAUCUGUAGAAAACAGUUGGGAAUGUGUCUGGCAACAGAAUAUCACCCGCCUCAUCGCUCACCACAAUCAAUUUGUGAAUGAGGCCCUCCAUUGUCUGCCCACCACGGUGCACUACUUGGACCUUUCCUACUGUGACCUGGACCAGCUGGACUUGACCUACUUUGAGAAGGCAACCAACCUGAAAGAGCUCCUGCUGAGUGGGAACAAAAUCAAGUUCAUCCCAUCUAAAUGGAAAGGUCUGUCGCUGCAGUCACUAGCCUUGGACGGGAAUUCAUUUGGCCUUAUAAGCAAGGCGUCCUUCGAGGGCAUGCCGCAGCUAUCUCGACUGAGGGCAGGAAAUAAUCCUUACCAUUGCACUUGUGAGCUUCAUGCUUUUGUCCAGGACACGAUUUCACAUGGAAAGGUCAACCUCACAGACUGGCCCUGGAACUACAGGUGCUACCACCCGGAGGCCCUCCUCAACACAGUCAUAUCCAAAUAUUUCCCAGGUCAAGUGGCCUGUGAUAUCAGACUGGUUAUCAUCAUCUGUGUCGCGACAACUGCAGCCGUGAUCUUGAUAUUGAUGCUGAUCUGCUACAUUUUUGACCUGCCCUGGUACACUAAAGCCACAUAUCAGAUCAUCAGGGCCAAAUACAGGGCUCACAAGGAAAAAGCAGUAGGGGGAUCAGGGACUUUUACCUAUCAUGCCUUCAUUUCCUAUAGCCACUCUGAUGCAGACUGGGUGAGGGACCAGCUCCUGCCGUCUUUGGAGAACAACAGAAACCCCUAUCGUCUUUGUAUUCAUGAGAGGGACUUCAUGCCGGGAAGGUGGAUCAUCGAUAACAUCAUUGAGAACAUCGAAAGCAGUCGGAAGGUAAUAUUUGUCCUUUCCCGGCACUUUGUCAACAGUGAGUGGUGCAACUACGAGCUGUACUUCGCCCAGCAGAGGGCAAUGGGAAAGACCUUCAGUGAUGUCAUCCUGGUUGUGAUGGAACCCAUUGAUCCCGGCUCCCUGCCCAGCAAGUACUGCAAGCUGAAGAAGAUGCUGAGUACUAAGACGUACCUGGAGUGGCCCCAGCAGGUCAACCAGCAGGCGUUUUUCUGGGAACAGCUGAAGAGUGUUCUGGGCAAGCCAGCAAUGACCCGAGAGGAGGGGGGACACAGCGUCAAGAGCAGAACUUCGUCUGUGGGCGGUGUUGCCGUGAUUGGGCACCCCCAGGAGGAUGGGGGGCCAAAGGGAGUGAAAUGUAAUGUGGACCAAGAAGAACAAAUCAAAAUUCUGAACAGAAAAAAUAAUGAGCUGCCAAAUCUGAGACAAAUACAGGUGGUGACAUGUGCGUCGAGGGCUGCAUCCACUUCCACCCGCACCUGUUCCAUCGCGCGUCACUGUCCAGGACUGAAAAAAAUGUGUUCCCAACUGCAAGCAGCCAUGUCGAGCCUCAUCGACGUGUUCCACUCCUAUUCAGGACGAGAAGGCGACAAGUACAAGCUGAACAAACUGGAGCUGAAGAACCUGUUAAAGGAAGAGCUCUCGGAACUCCUGUCCGCCAGCAAGGACCCCAUGGUGGUCGAGAAGAUUAUGAAUGACCUGGAUGAAAACCAGGAUGGCCAAGUGGACUUCCAGGAGUUCGUGGUCCUGGUCGCCGCACUGACUGUCGCCUGUAAUGAGUUCUUCAUAGUCUGCGAGGAGAGCUGCAAGCAGGAGCAUCCCGUUCCCAAGAAAAACUGAAAACUCGUAUUUUUCAGGCUGAAUCAAACGCGUUUCACAUAAUUUACAGUCAUGGUCUGAAUCAUUCACAGCACUUUGUAAUUAUUUAUUAAAAAAAAAAUCAUCACUUAUAUUCAAUGUAUAAAAUUAUAAUAAAGAUGUCAUACAGUU